GCGUUUCCCGGCUAGUCUUGCACCACGAGUUACCUAGAGCGAGCACCAGCCGCUCUCGCUCUCGUUCUCACCCUGCCCCGUCCUUUGCCGCCCCCCCACGCCUUACCCGAGCUGCCGCGGGUGUCGAGGGAAGCCGCGCCGCCCCCUUGACCCACGCCCGAUUCUAAGCGUGACAACCUCCUCCAUCGCUUCUUCCCCUCCCCCUCUUUUUCCUCCCCUUCUACCCUUCCCCUCCUUUUCCUCCUCCUCUCCCUCCUACUCUUCAUCACCCCAAUCACCAUCACCACACAAAAAUUAAAGCGCACACACACACACACACACACACACACACACACACGCCUCAUCCUCCUUGUUCACCUUUUACUCGCCCGUGAGGAAGAUAACCGAGUCGUCCAACUUCUAACCGAGAGAGGAGGCGGCGGUGCUUCAGAAGAACGUGACAGGGAAGAAGAGUCUUUAAUAUAAGGGAAUCGAAGGCUCAUUUUGGAACGGCGCUCGAAAGCAUCAUAACCAGAAGUGGAGGAAGAGAGAGAGAGAGGAAAGGAGAGAGAAAGGAAGAGAGAGCGAGACAGAGAGAAAAGUCAGGCUGAGUGAGGAGAAAAAUCUUGGAAAAUCGGCGCAGUUUGUGAACUAUUAAAAUACCGUAUAUAAUUCUUUCUUGACUUAGAGUGUAGAAAAGAAGAGAGAGAAAGAGGAAGAGAAUUAGAAAGUAAAGAAAUAAAGAAGGAGAGGAAAGAAUGAGCCAAUUGUAAGUUAUAUAGUGCGUGUGCGUGCGUGUGUGUGUGUGUGUAUGUGUGUGUGUGUGAAUGACCUCCACGCACAUAUGAGGUUUUAAGGGCACAUUUUUAUUAUUUCUCUUACGAAAGCGACGAAUUUAGGGAAGAACAAGGAAGAAAAGGAAGAAGAAGAAAUAAAUCACAACUCACCUACCUCGUACGACACGGAAGCGACGACGUUAGGGAAGAACAAGGAAGAAAAGGAAGAAAAAGAAGAAAAAUCACACUAGAAUCACCACCAAAUACUUACAUCACCACCAUCACCACUACCACCAGACACAUAGGUUACCCCUCACCACCACCACCACCAGCACCCCCACCACCACCACAACCAUCACUUCCUUCUACCACACUAUCACCACCUCCCACCACCCUUCCCUUCCUACCCCUUCCCCCUCCUCCACCUCCGCCAUGACCACACCAACUCCAACUCCCGCAUCAGCCUACCCGCCCACCGAGAAAACCUACAUCCUGGAGAACACGGGGCCGCCCACAUUGCAAGCGCCCCCCCAGCCGCCCCCACUGCUCGCCACCCCCGACGCCCCGCCCAAGAUCCCCCCGGGGCUUGCUGGGUAUGAGGGCGACGAUGACCCGAAGAAGGAGAAGAGUUCGAUCGCCUUCACGUCCUUCAACUACAUCAACUCCAUCGUGGGCAGCGGUGUAAUAGGCAUGCCCUACGCCAUCUACAAGGCCGGGGUGGGCAUGGGCUUGGCGGUGCUGGUGGUGGUGACGGUGGUGACGGACGCCGCGCUCUGCCUCAUGAUCGCCGCCGCCCGCACCGCCCAGGCCUCGACCUACCAAGACCUCGUGCGCAGCUCCUUCGGUCGGCCGGGCUUCAUCCUCGCCACCUGCUUCCAGUUCAUGUACCCGUUUAUAUCCCUCAUCAGCUACAACAUCAUCGUGGGGGACACCCUUCGCAUCGUCCUCAUUCGCGUCACGGGGCUGUCCAGUGAGUCGGUCCUGGCGGAGAGAACCUUCAUUGUCGUUUCGUCUACCUUGCUUAUCACGCUGCCUCUAUCUCUGUACAGGAACAUCACGCACCUCUGCAAAGUCUCGCUCUGCUCUGUGGUCAUGAUAGCCGCCAUCGCUCUCGCCAUGGUCGUCCGCUUCGGCACCAUGUUCGACCAAGUACCCGCCACGGAGGACGCCUGGGUCAUUGGCAAGAGCGGAUUCCCAACUACCAUCGGCAUCAUGAGCUUCGCCUUCAUGUGCCACCACUCCAGCUUCCUCGUGUAUGAGUCCCUCGCCGACAACACCCAGGCGCGGUGGAACAGGGUCACCCACAUCUCCAUCGGCGCCUCGGCAGUCCUCAGCAUCACCUUCGGCAUGGCGGGCUUCCUCACCUUCACCGGCUACGUGCAAGGCGACAUGUUCGAAAACUACUGCUGGGCCGACGAUCUCAUGAACCUGUGCCGCGGGGGUUACGCCUUAACCAUCCUGCUCACCUACCCCAUCGAGUGCUUCGUGGCCCGCGACGUGCUCGAGACCGCCUUCUUCCGCGAUUACCAGCCGCAGCCCUUCUUCAGGCACGCCGUCCUCUCCGUCAUCAUCGCCAUCCUCUGCAUGCUGCUCUCCUUCUCCACGGACUGCCUCGGCAUCGUCCUGGAGCUUAACGGCAUCCUGUGCGCCAUCCCCCUCGCUUUCAUCCUGCCCGGCCUGUGCUACAUCCGCGUGGAGGAGGGGCCGCUCUGGGCCUCCAACAAGCGACUGGCGUGGGCCGUCACUAUCUUCGGGGUGGUCACCUUCAUCGCGGGCUGCAUCUCGCUCUUUAGCAACUUCGAUGAGUUGUCGCAGUGCUCCCACGGCGAGGAGAUGCCCUACUGCCACCAGGCCCCCGACGCCCCCAACGCCCUCAACGCCACGCUCUGAGCCGCCCCCGCCGCGCCCCGCCCCUGGAGGCCCGCCGCUGCUCCUAACUAAUAAUCGGUGCAGGGCGUGUCGCUCCUGCGUCCUGGUGGAGGCUCCUGCGAGGGAUGUGUGGAGGAGACACGUACUGAUGUAAACACGUUCGUCGGGAGGCGUUGAACCGUGCUGGCCGAGGACAGAGGACGGACGGAGGGCAGAUGACCCAGGACGCCGAUACGCUUCACCCUUCCCCUGUUUUUUAUAUACGUACACGCGUCUCGCUGUAACGGGGCGCCGCACCGUGCUGGCCUUGGACCGAGAACAGGUAGCUUACAGGUGUGGCUUCAAAGCAAGGACGCCAAUACGUCUCACACCUUCCUUCACUUAAAAGACGUCAGGCUAUUAAUAAGAAGAACUACACUUUCUGUUCCGGGAAGGUCAAGAGCUUACAUGUAUACACCGAUGGAUUAAACGCUUGGCCUUGAUCUUGGUUUGUGAAUAGGCUUGGCCAGGUAUACGUGUGCGCCUAACCCAACCUUACCUAACUUAACCUACUCCAAAAGCAAGACCACGACCAAGCGUUUCGUCCAUCGCUGUAUCCAUCCUAGCACUGGUUCCCGGAGACAUCUGACGGACUAGAGUGAAACCAGGUUGGCGAGGUGUUUUUUGGGUUGGUUCCCGCUGUCCUUUCCUCACCGUCGCCCUGCCCCAACACCUUCCUCUCAUAUGCUGACUACAGGUAACAUAUGAGAGGGAAAGAAAGGGUAACAUGAGAGGAAGAAAGGGUAACAUACGAGGGGAAAAGAAAGGGUAACAUAUGAAAGGAAAAAAAGGGAACGGUGUUGGUGGUGGGUGGCGGAGCGGCGGGAGAAAAGGGCCCACGGCAGCCAUCUCAAAAGCGACCUCGCCAAUCUCCUUUCGCUAUACAACCUUUUCCUCAGCGGGCGAGUCAGGGAUGCGGGAGGUAUGGAGGGAGAGGAGGAGGCCAGGAGAGCGCGGGUGUGUCUGGGUGAAGGCUGUGUCUCUAGGUAUUAAAACACUGCACACGUAGACUAGGCAGCUUUCACCCACACCAAUAGUGACGUCUAGUUGCUUUUCUAUAACAUUCGUUGGCGAGUGAACAAGCUUAUUACACGGGGGAGAGAGAGACAUGUCGCGGCGCUUGCACUGCUACAUAAACAUAAUAAUAUAGAUUUUAAAGGUCCGUUUCUGCGACUCUUACAAAUGCAGGACUUAAAAUACAACAACGGCAGCUUCUUCAUUACAAUCCCUUUAAGAUUUGACAAGAAACGUCCACUCGACAGCAUUAUUUUCAUCUUUAGUGGGAUAUGAACACAAUCUAAUACAGGCUUUUGGUCAGGAUGGUAUUGUGAAUUGACUAUUGCAAUUACUUUAGGCUUUGUUAAGAAACGUGACAUCAAUAUUUUCUUCUUUAGUGGGAUAGGAAAACAAUCUAAUAAAAGUUUUUGGUCCGGACGUUAUAAUGAAUUGACUAUUAACAUUCAUUUAGGCUUGUUAAUAAGGGAAGCGUUCUCCUGGCAUCAUCAAUUUCAUCUUUAGUGGGACAAGAACACAAUCAAAGAACAGUUUUUCGUCAGGACGCGAUAAUAAUGAACUAACUAUUACAGAUAAAGAAUGACGGUGUAUUUGACCCAUUAAUAUCGUCGCAUUAGGCAAGUUAUAUAUAUGUAAAGGAAGACAACUAGGCUCAGAAAAAUUAAGACAAAGUUGUAAAGGAAUGAAGCUGCUGUAAUAGGUUGAGUUUUGUUAUUGACACUCGCUGAAACGGACUGAAAUAGAGGAGGAGAAGAGGAGGAGGAGGAGGUGGAAGAAGAGGAACAAGGAGAGGAUGGAGGGGAAGGAGAGGACGAUAAAAUGGGUUCAUAUCCUGCCCCAAAUUCACACAUGGACUAAAAAAGAGGAGGAGGAGGAGGAGGAGGAGGAGGAGGAGGAGGAAGAGCAGGAACAAGGGGAAGAUGGAGGGGAAGGAGAGGACGCUAAAUGGGUUCUUAUCGUGCCCCAAAUUCACGCACGGACUAAAAAAGAGGAGGAGGAGGAGGAGGAGGAGGAGCAGGAACAAGAGGAUCAAGGGUAAGGAGAGGACGCUAAAUAUGCUCCAAU